AUGCUAGGAGGGAGGAAAGCCCUCGGUCCCCUCGGCUCGGGGGGCACCAGGCCAGGCCCGGCUCCGCCGGCGCGCCCCCGUCACCCUCUCCCAGGCCAGCUCUGGGCAGCGCCAAGGGGGCGCGGGCUCGGGCUGGGGGCCUCCUCCUGCCUCUGCGUCCGGCUGUCCGUUCGUCUGUCCGAGGCCCUGGCGCAGCUUACGAUUCAUCAACGCGUAAAACGCGAUCGCCGCGAAGCCUCCAGCCUGUUUCGUCGCCUCGGAGCCCAGCAGGAGCUUCUCAAAGACAACACGGCCCCGGGGACAAUCCCCCGUGUCCGGCAGGGCUGCCCCACAGGAGCUCAAACCCCAGGACCGAGCGCGGGAGGCCCCCGACCCUCAGGCCGGCCGCGAGGCGGUGAACGCCGGAGCCGAGCGGAAGCUUGCCGCGGGGCCGCGAUCGGAGCCUCGGCUCGCAGGGAGGUGGUCGUUCCGAGCCCUCAGGAAAGCAGAUUAUCGGAGCCCUUUCAGAGCGCGCACAACAAAUGCGCCCGCCAUCGAAUGCAUCAUUUACCACCGCAGAUCCGCGCGUUGAUGGGCAGGCAGAUAGCCGUCUGCGGGGGGCACUCGGGCGCCUGGUGCCGUGCCGCCUGCCUGCCUGCCAGCGGCACCCGAGUGUGAGCCCCCGGUGUGCCCGGCGUGUUUGGAUGGGCAGGCGGGUGUGCCAGUGAGUGGGCACUGAACAAGCAAGGGCGUUAGUGUGCACGCGGGCGCUUCGAAUGAGUGGAGCGCUCACGCUGUUUGGGGAUGGCCCAGGUGAGGCUGCUUGAGGAAGGGGUGUUGCACGUGACCGUGUGGGCAUUCAUGUCCCUCAGGGUGAGUAGACACGUGUGUGAAAGAGCAGCUGUGCAAGCGCGUGGGCACAGGUGUGCGUGGGGGGCGGCACUGUGAGUGCCUUCAUGAGUCUGCCCUCCGCAGGGCCGUCUAGGGGUGCACACAGGAGGUGGUGUCGCCUGCCACCAGGGCGGGGGUGUAUGCGUACCUUCAGGCACGGGUGUGUUACAGGGGCUUGGGGCCACGCAUCCUCUCAGGCAUGUGCAUCCUCACACGCCUGUGACUACCAGGAGUGCGCACCCAGCGUGCGGCUUGGGGUGUGCACAGAUCUGCGUGAGGGUGGUUGUGUCCUUGUGUAUCUGUCGUGUAUGCUCCGGGGCGCUGCUAGCGGGGCAAGGGGGCAGGGGCCUGUCCCUGUGCCUGCUUGUGGCUGGGGGCGGGACACACGAGCUGGCCCCUGCCAGAGGGACAGAAUGGUGCGUGCGGGUGUGAUAGACUCCACAGUGGAAGGAGUGGUUUGUGCCGUGUAACAUGAGUGCUUGUCACCCAAACGGGGUGUGUGGGUGUGUGAGGUAGAGGGGUCUUCCGAAGAGUUUGGCAACACCCAGGGGUCCCAACCCGCCUCAGUGGGACGCCCUGCCAGGGGCCCCAGAGCCUCGUCGCUCUGCACCUGGGGUAAGAGAGACCGGAGCCCAGCCGCCAGAGGUCCCCGCACCGUGAGUGACACGCGCCGCCGACAAAGGCUGUAUUUUUCCGGGCUCGCGCCCCGCCCGUGUGUGUGCGCGCGCGCUCGAGCGCGUGCGAUGGUCCCCAUGGCGACGCAGAUAGCGCCGCAGCCAUUUUCCCUAUCUCCCCGGAGUCUAUUAUAAGGCGGGAUUAGCUCAUCUCCAGGCAGGUCAAACCCAAAGUCACACAACCUGCGGCGCGGGCCGCGCCCCCGCCCCCCCGCUGUCCCUCCCCCGCGCGGGUUGGUCUCGGCCCUGCGACCCCGGAGCGGCGGCCGGUGCGCAGGCGCAGAGCGCCACCUGGCGGCCGCGGGUGUCCGACCGGGGUCUGGAGAGACUGCCGCCGGGGUGCGAGUCGCCAGGCAGGAGAGGUGGGCCGGGGUCCCUUCCUCCAGAAGCUGGGCUCUGCAGAGCGGGGGCUUUGUUCUGCCACUGCUGUGCUCCCAGGGCCAGGCUGGCCCUCAGUAGAUGCCCCAUAACCGUUUGUUGAAAGGAUGGAUGGACCAGCAGGAAAUUAUAGACGUGCCAACUGUCAACGUCACACAGCUUAGUUGGCAGCAAGAAAUCAUUUAUUAGAAGUACCCUCUGAACUUAAAGUAAAAGCCAAACUCCUUUGGAACCUACAUAACAGGCCUUGCUGACCCGUCAGACCCGGUCCCUUUCUCUUGCCUCCUUCCUGUUCUUUGGGGCCAGAACUUUCCCAGCCCAGGACCUCUACCCAGAUGUCACCCCCCCCCCCCCACACCGCCCCCGAGAGCAGAGUUGCCCUCCUCUGCCUCACUUUUCUCGGUCUAUUCUAUAUAUUUCUUUUAUAGUGAGUACUUAGCACAAUGUAAAAGCGUCUUGUCUUUGCUUGCUCCCUAGGGGGAGGGGGUCUGUCUUGUUCCUCACAACAGCCCAGCGGCUGGAAUCCUUUGGGGACAAGGGAAUGAGGGCAGAUGGGCCGGACCCGGCACCUUCUCUUCACCGUUAUACCAUCCCACCACCCACGCCCUGGCCCCGGGGUGUCUGGCCCCACUGACCUGCUGCAGCCUGCAAGUCUCGGGUGGGGGGCUUGAGGAGAGAGCACCGCGGAGACCUCCAGCAUGUGCGCGCACUGUGCCUGUGAGGGCGGGGACAGUCAGCCCCGUCCUCAGGGUGCCCGACCUCUCUCCCCAGGCCUAGGCCCCCGAGACUUCACUCAUAAUACAAGGGGACACGGGUUCGAGCCCUGGUCCGGGAAGAUCCCACAUGCCGCAGAGCAACUGAGCCCAUGCACCACAACUACUGAGUCUGCACUCUAGAGCCCUUGAGCCACGACUACUGAGCCCACAUGCUGCAACUACUGAAGCUCGCGUGCCUAGAGCCCAUGAUCUGCAACAAGAGAAGCCACCGCAAUGAGAAGCCAGCGCACCGCAACGAAGAGUAGCCCCCACUCUCCGCAACUAGAGAAAGCCUGUGUGCAGCAACAAACACCCAACACAGCCAAUAAAUAAAUAAAUAAAUAAAUAAAUAAAUUUAUUAAAAAAAAAAAUACAUUGACAGAUUUGGGAUGAGAGAAAUGUUCUAAAAUUAGAUUGUGGUGAUGGUUGUAACUCCAUAAACUUACUAAAACUCAUUGAAAUGUAUGCUUAAGUUAACUUUAUGGUGUGUAGAUUAUACCACAAUA